AUGAACAACAACCUCCUCGCGAGUCCCGGGUCGAUGGACGAAGAGCUAGACUCGACUGAACGCAAAAAGCCUCGCUCUGGCAGCAGCGGGUCCCAGCAAGUCCUGACGAGUGAGUCUGCCAUAGCGUGUACCGUCGCGACAACUACUGAUCCAUCCAAGGCUGCGAAGCGUGUCGCAAGGGCAAGCGUCGGUGCGAGCCCUCCCCGCUGGUACCACCUGACCACCCCGACGUUGCCAAGCUCCCAUGCGCUCGUUGUCGCCGCUUUGCACUCGAGUGUGUCCGCAUGCGUGUCCGAUCUGAGCGCCAUCUCUGACGCCGCCCACGGAUACACCCUGCCGCCGCCGCCGCCGACGGCGGUGGAGUCGAUGGACACGGCGCGGUCAAUCCCAACCACAACGUCAGGAUCCGGUGGCGGACUCGCUUUUGAUGCCAACGCACCUGUCCUUACUUCGCCCUCCUUCCCCCUUCUGGCGGGCAGCCCCAAUGUGGACAUGUCCGCCAUCCCCGUCAGCCUCGACCAGGUCGUGUCCCCUACCGUUGUGGACCAGAUCAUCCAGCUGUUCUUUGACUAUGUCUACCCCCUUACGCCCUGCCUGCACAGGCCAACCUUUCUUGCCGAUCUAGCAGCACGCCGUGACAAGACGGAUCCGAUCUUCUUUUCUCUUGUUCUAGUCGUGCUGGCCUCGACUCUGGUGCAGGUCCCUCGCGUUCUUGUCAACCUCGACAAGCAAGAAGUGGAGGCGCUCGCGCGGCGCUGCGUACGCGUAGCGAGGACUAAGGUCGCGUUUAUCUGGGAAGACCCAGUGCCGGUUCGGGCCGAGUUUGUUGUCAUCUUCUACCUCGAGGGCAUUGUUCACCUACUCUUGGGCAACAACACUGCGCAUGUGAUUGUCACAUCACAGGCCAACCAGUGCGCACUCGCCAUGCGCCUCAAUGAAGAAUCUAGUUACGAAGGCCUCAACCCCAUCGAGUCGGAGAUACGUCGCAGGAUCUACUGGCUCUUGUUCCAGGCGGACAAGAGUUCGGCGUGUAUGCGGGCCCGUACCAUCUGUUUGCGUCUCGAGGACGCCCCAGGUCUCUGUCUGCCGACCGAGGUCGACGAUGAGCAGAUUACUUCUAACGGCAUUUUACCGCAGCCGAUUGGCAUGACCCCGGUCAUUGCCGGCUUCAACAUUGUUACCAACCUUUUCCGCAUCCUCAACGAUGCCCUUCUUCUUCAACGGCGCAAGGCGGCUCCCUCCGUCGACAGCAUUCUCGCCGACCUGCAAAAUGUCAACCAGCUCCGUGAGCGUGUGUUGAAUUCCACUGCGGAUGUAUCCAGUCCGCUGCGGAUCCGUUCAGCCUACGACUCCCGCGCCGCAAGUCCGGCGCAAGGAUGGGAGGCCAACCUCAAAGGCCGCUUUAUGGAUUUCUUCACGGGCGCAGUGGAGACGCAACACAUUAACAGCUUCCUCGUCAUGCAAGGCAACAUUCUCGUCACUCAGCAAGUCGUACGCCUCGUGCUCCUCCAAACGCGCGAGGCUCUCCUUCUGCAGUUGUCCGCCUUGACGCACAUGCCUAUGCAGGGUGUCGGCGGUCUGGCAGGUGUGCAGAACAACGAAGUGGCGGAAGACAUUGCAUGUGACCUCCUCGAUGGAUUGAACAGUCUCCCCGAGGAGUGUGUCGCGACCAACGGCCCUUCCCUCGUCCAGAAAGUUCGCUUUGUCGCAAUUCAGUUGAUGGAAUGCUCGACUCAAACUUCGCCUCAAGCCAUCCGAGCUCAAACACUGCUCAUGCAAUUCCUCUCUGUCCUUUCGGUUAUCGAGGGCAUGUAUACCUUCGGCCGGGACGUCAGCGCAGAGUAA